AUGAACGCAACCAUUGUGCGAGGAGACGUGCCGGUGGGAUGGAAGUUGAUGCAGCGCCCUUGGCCCGGGCUGGUUCUCGCAGUAGUGGCAUGUGUUGGCUUCUUACUCGGAUCUGGAUAUGCCAUCUUCACGGCUUCGAAGUGGACGAUGGAAAGGCUUCGACAGCGACGCCCACCAACGUUCGCGACGGAAAAGUUCCGCAAUCUACGACCACUCCGCGCCACGCAGCUCGUGAGCCAACCCAUCGAGCCUUCGUCCUUUGGCAUCUUCCUGGGAAGCAUCAAUGUUCCACCGACAAGGAGGGAAGCUCAGCUGUUCACGCAAUGGGAUCUCACAGUCCUCGAUCCACGACGCGAAGGCGUUCUGGAGGCUGUCGCGUCAGCAUCUCCGCUUGGCCCUGGAAAGCAAAUCAUCGCACGGCUCGACGCUGCGAUAUCCUUCCCAAAGCUUGAGUUGACGGAGCCUGCCAAAGCACUCGAUACUCUUUUCCAGACAGUGGAUGCAUAUCUCAGAUGUCACGCCGAGUCGGCAACUCCAUUUACUGGCGUCCUGUUGGCUAAUUACCAUCACAUUAUUCAGCCGGCGAUCAUCAACGAGCUGGUAAAAUUGCUGGUCGGCCUCAAUGUCGACGUUUACCUUGAAGUAUCUCCACCAGACUAUCUCACGGCCGAACAGUGCUCUAGCAUCGAUGUCGCGCCAUUACGAGGCAUCAUCUGCCGCAAUGCUACAGUGCGUGUCGAUGGCGAACGAUGUGACUACUACCAGAUGGUCGGCCUCCAGCGCGUGCAGCGAGCUCUAGCGAAGCACACAUCACUAGGAGGCCAUAUUUUGCUUGCUUGGGAUACUCUUGACGACGAGGCGCCGCUAAUACACGCCGUGAUCAAGCGCAGCUUUUCCUGGUGUAGGUUCAAUACCAUUCCAAUAUGGAUUGGCCGACAGAGUGCGCUUCUCCAUUCCGAGGAGGUCUCCGCUGUUACUAUUUCGGAGGAGCCUAUCGGAGCGCUAAUGUGGUUACAAGGUCACGAGAGGAUCGCUCUACAAGGCUCUUGGCGAGCCAACGAACGGAUAAACAUACUGCCCUGCACAGAUUCAGCGAUCUACGAUUGCUUGGAAACCGACAUUCCCAAUUUACGCUCCCGGCUUACACUUUUGUCGCCUGCCAGUGGAAGACAAGAUCGCGACUCGGACAUCGUGAGCUCGUUGCAGCCAAUGCCUUUACCCUGUGAAGGCAACUUCCAUCCCCUGGACGCUUCCGAACAAGGAGUGCCAUUUGAGUCCUAUGGCUGCUUUCAACUAGGACAAGAUUGUUCACAGCAAGACUUUGACGACAUUGUUGAUAGUCAAGUUCACCUCAAAGAGCUCGGUCUGUUGAGUCGCUUCAAGUUGGCUGAUAUCGAGAGCAUGCGUGGCCGUCUGGAGAGACUGGUCGACAUCCACACAUCCACCGGCUCGUUGUCUGUGUACUCUGAGCCAUUAGCUGAGCUGUUGGAGCUAGUAAGCAGCGCUACGACGGACGAGAACAGUUCAUUGCGCAUAUAUGAGGGCUUGCACUCUGGGUUCUGUAAAGGUCUCAAUCGACAAUUCUGGGCAGUCUAUUCAAGGGACAUUGUCACUGAAUCUAUGGACGUCUUUGUGUCACGCAACGCAAAAGAUCGAUUGAGCACAUUGCUUCAUGCCUUCUUGUCCAGCCGUGGAAUUUCACGAAGUGUGUGCUUUACGGCAGAGGUCGAUUUGGCCAGCGCGAACAAUAGCCUCAACACAUCAUUUGGGCUUCCAAUGGGACUUCUGAACAAUCUUGAUCAGCUGUCCCCCAGCGAGGCCAUGCUGCUUCUUCGACGGCUUGCAACUCAAGCAGCCCACGAAUCUACCAGCGACAAGCUUAUCGACGACCGACUCUCCAACUCUGGCUUGACCAGCCAAAGCGAACUCUGCAACUAUCCGAUAACCUUGUCAUGCAAGAUCAGCGCGUACUGCGAGCACCAGCUAUUGACUCUCCCAACAUUGAUUCAACUACGAGCGCAGAAUGCAGAACUCUAUCUUCGCGGCCAGUAUCAACCUGCAGACGUCGUGAGAUCACGCCUGGCUUGGUACGUCGACCAAGGAUGCGCAUGUCUCGAGUAUGGUGCUGCCCUGUCAGUAUUUCAGGAGAUCGAGCAACGCCUGCCACAAAUACUAAUGAAAAUCGACUCCUCAUCGGACUUUCUCGACCGCCUCCAGACCGUCCUCCAACAGGGGAUAGUGUCUUCCGGAAAGAUCGACGCCAGUGCGGAUUUUCUGGCGCUUGCUAUGUUCUCGGCUUUCCGCAAGCUAGCACUCGAGGAGGUCUAUGUCGAGAUCCUAGAUCGCAACCCCUUCCUCGGUCAGCAUUCUGAUCAGGCGGCAUCCUUCGCGGAGAUGUUUGCGACUGGCGCUCAGUGUGAGACCUAUUUCGAUCUCCGCCCUCAAGUGCUUGGCCGGAUAUUGUCCGAAAAAUUCCGCUUGCACUGUGCUACGCACCCACCUCCUCGUCCUGACGAAAACGACUCAGAACAGCCGACCUCAUACGCGUCGAAAUUAGUCGAUGAGGACCCGGAUGCCGCUCGACUAGAUCCGCCGGUAUGGUACCGAAUCAGUUUCCUUAGCAUCUUUGCCGCACCAGCUCUGAUCGACAUCCUACUGCUUUCCACCCUUGGCCGUGGCUUGUACCUAAGCACAUUCAUGAGUAAGACGGAAUCAAGCAUGGCUACGGCAGCCCUCAUGUUUAGCCUCCUCACUUGCGGAGCCUUCGGAACGUGGAUCGGAACUGGCGGUAGCUAUUAUUUCUUCGCCAUGGCAUACCCAGCAAUGAACCUGUACGUCCUCACUAGACUUGUUGCCUGCGCAGCUGUCUGUCUUGGAAUUGGCGGUAUGGCGUUCAUCAUCAUUGGUAUCCUCGAUGGCUUCUACGGGGCCUGGAUAUUCUUCUUCUAUUACGUGAUAUUGACAUCUUAUCUAACGCUCCUGGCCACUCUUGCGCUCUAUCAGGUACCUGGAUUCUCGUUCCAAUCAGGCAGGACUGUGAUCGUUGCGUGGGUGCCUAUACUCUUUGUGCCGCCACUCCUCACCUUGUGGCUCGGCCACGAUAUCAUCAUCUAUCCAUGCGUCCUCACUAUACUGGUCGUUGGUCUCGUCCUUGGUACUCGCGAUGUGAUGGGCAAGUGGGCGACCUGGUACUUCAACAUGUCUUUUGCAACUGAUGGCGAGGUUGUGGACUUUUACAAACAGCUCUCUGGGCCGAAGGACGAAGUUCCUAGCUAUGUUACGGAUCUCGCAACCACGCCGGCCCCACGCAAGGCGCUGGCAGAAGCUGUAUGGAAAGAGCGAUGUCGUCCAUGGUGGAGGAAGUCCACCAGCAGUCCACUCGUGAAACGCUUAGCAGAAGGUUCCGACGCCACCUCAUUCUUGAUGGACUGGUACACGAAAUACUCACGCACCAAGAUGCCCUACACUUUCAGUCCUACUUGGAAUCUCCAGUGCAAGACGGCUGUUGAUACCCUCCAAGACCUCCAGAAAGGUCUGAGAAUGCACAAUGCAUUUAUCCACUGGCGCUUCGCUGGCAACGAGACUUGGUGUGGUGCAUUCUAUUUCGUGAUAGCUCUUAUGGACAAAUGGGGUCGAUUAUUAGGUGGCGGCUCACUGUCUGGUGGUUUCCUUGGCUAUGAUAUUGCGCAGAACGCACAACAUCGAUUCGCAGUAGGUUUCAGCCUGGCUUACUAUCUGACUGCUGCAAUCUGCCUGGACAUUGUUGCAUUACCACUUUGGUCAACGGCGAACCACGGCACAGAUCAACCGAUCAGCUCUCUGGACAAUCUUCACCAUGCCGUCAACAAUGCUGCGUCGACACGACGACGACUCUACUGGUCUAGCUUCGUGAAGUUCUUCUUCCUGCAUGUUUGGGGCGUUUGUAUCUUUGCAACCCUUAUGUGGGUAUUUGCGACCUCCGGCAAUGGACCUGUCUUGUUCUUAGCAUACACUUUCGCGUACACCGGCCUCUUAUGGUACCAAUACAACAGGAUCUUUGCCGGCUCUAACGUGCUGAUGGAUUUGCUGAUCACUGCCCCACUUGGUCUUUCGAUAGGCAUAGCGUUACAGGUGUGGAACGGAGACUGGCCAUAUGGCGGCGUGAUCGCACUCGCGGCUACCGCCUGGUGUGCAAACCUCUUAUCUUUCCGGACGGCGAAGAUUGGCUGGCCCAGCCACCGUACGGCGAUUAAGGCAGUCAACACUCCUUCGUACAAGUUGCUGGUUCAUAGUGCCACGUCAUCAGAACAGGACGAUUCUCACGAGAUGGCCUCGAAUGCGUUCGAAAUGUACUCCUCGUUACCAGAAGACAAGCGCUACAGGGUCGUGCCCAGUGAGUAUCCAGGGAGUGAGGUCGUUAGCUUGCUUACCCAAUCAUGCUUAACAAGAAGAACGUCACUUAUGAACGAUGCCUUCCCCGAUUACCAGCAACUGUUUCACCAGAUAGCGACCCGAUGGCAUUGCGGUGAGAUCUUGCUGGACGCCGUUUCAGGCGCUACGAUGUCUGACAGUAGGUCGGACCUCGCUCAGCAUACGAGAUCCAUGACUUCCUAUCGUGGAAGCGAACUUCAUAUCCUCGUCUUCGUGGGCUCAGUCAGGGUGGAUGGCUGCUGGGAACAGAAUGAUGGGCAGAUGGUCAAGAUUGUCGCGGAAGCUCUUGUGCAUGCUUCUGCUGAAGCAAUGUUCGGCAUGUCGCAUCACGACUCUAUGCUUGUCGAGCUUUUGUUGACACACAAUGACACUCACGAAGGUAUUCCAUUAGCGCAGGGUGUAAAGCGCCUUGUUGAGUUCUCCGUUGACGUUCGCACCAAUGCAAUCGAACGUCGAGACCAAAAUCUGCUCUCUGAUCUGCUCUUCGGCCUUGAAUGCGAUCAACAUUGGCAGAACCUUCCACCGGAUAUUCGGUCGUGGUUGGUUCAUCGAUGUUGUGGGCGCUCAAAUACUCUGACGGCGGCACAAGUCAAGUGGACACGAUCCAAGUUCAACCUGACGAGCGCCCAGGAUGCCGUGCAGUGCGUCCUCAGAUGGUCGCUCAGCAUCGGUUUGCAGGCUGCUGUAGCCGAGUACGGAAGGGCGGUCGAUCAGCAGUACAUUACUACCCCGAACACCUACCCAAGCCGAAAAGUCCUAGUCGGUAUGCCAGAUCGUGAUCGUCAAGUCUCCUCUACUGCGAUCAAGGUUGGCACCGGGGUGCUCCGACAGCUCCAACAUGCCAUAAACAUUACUCGGAUGGCUAUUAAGCUUUUCGUCAUCUCUCUGGUUGCGGAUCCAGAGCUUCAGCGAGAGCUAGACUUUGUCACAGCGAAACAAAACACUAUCGUCAAGCGCUCCGCUCGACUGAUUUACAGCAGCGUGUGGUUGUACUGCGGUGCAGUACAGCACGCUGUCAUUCCCUGGUUUCUUUUUCACGGUCGACCAACACUGGACCGUCUCAAUAGCGACAUGAAAGGUAUCAAGACUGUCGUUGGAAAGCGCAAAGUGAUCAUUGAGGGUUGGAGCGGCAUAUCCACAUGCUUCAUCAAGCCUGCCGAGUCGGGUUCGUGGAAGCUGUUUCAAUAUACCGGGCAUCACGAUACGCAACCACCACACGAUGAUCUCAAAAGUCUCGCAGCCAUCAAUAUUUACGGUGCGCAUCUUGUCCUCAAGACCCGGGAGCAGUACUCUUCUGGCAACCUGGCAAGAACUUUCACUUAUGAAUAUGCUACUCACGACCCACUCCGACACAAGCGAUUGCCGUUUACACGCCAUUGUGUUCAGGGUGACCUCGAGCAGCAGCUCGUGAUAUACGACGAGAAGGGUUACACCAAGUCUGGGUCGUACUUCAAGGACAACAACCUGAUAGCCUUCAAGUACUUCUACAGGAAAGAUGCUCGAUAUGAGGACGAGCUACUGCGAGCCGAAUUCAACCUAGCCCAUAUUCGUAUGAGAGUGUCCUGGUGUUUCCCACCACCCGAGCAAGCGCACAAGAUGGAUCAGUGGAUACCACAUUCGAAGGUCACCGAGGCUACUUUCAUUAACGAGCGAGGCGUGUAUCGCAGUACAUGGAGCUACCACCAGAAAUGGUAUCCCAUCAUCUCCACGACGCUGAACGGAGAAGAAGUCGACACCCCUGAUAUGAUCAAGUUCGAUUGGUUUGACAUACUGAAGAAACCACACAAUGUUACCUUCGCGAGCGACGAUCCGCUGCUGAAAUUCACCACGCUGAAAACCAAUAUACUCACUCGUGCGCUGCGGCUCAAUAUUGUGCGCUACCCUGUGUCGACUGCCUCCGCCAGGUCCCAUUUGUGGAAGACUUGGGCAGGUAACAGACAGUACGACGCUGCCACGAUCCGAUGGCUCGACUACAUGUCUCUCCGCUCAGAUAGCGUACUAAAGCCAUACUGGAGACAUCGUGACCGUGGAAGACUGACAGCUGCUCGAAAGUACCUUGAUCAGCAUGCUGAUGCCAUCUUGGCUCAAACAGACAUGGAUCCUGAGGUGAGCUCGAGGUCGUCCAUCGCAUACAAGUUUGGCGACUUGUAUAGCUUUGGCCAGGGUGGCGAUAGUCGAGUCACUGCCCGCAACCCGUCUCUGCAAUUCGUUGAUACACACAAUACACUCCAUGUCACCGCCAUAGACACUGGUACUUGGCCGAUCGAAGGAGGCGGUGUUUCCGCAUGCCGCCGCGAUAUGGUCAACGGGCUCGAUAGUAUCAGAUGGCAUGUCAUUGCGGAAGCUGCCAACGAUUUCGGCACCCCGAAGUUCCAGAUCGAACGCAAUGUUGAGUCGUUGUCAAUACUGCCAUUAUGGGGCCUGGACUUUCUCACGCCAUCACAUGGUGUCUUUGAGGACUCUCUGGACUCAGCCGUGCAACAGCGCUGGAACCACACAAGCGUCAAGGAUAUCGAAGAGAACUUCCUGCCUAUCCUCUACAGCCUAGUGAAGUGUGCAAGAGCCGUCAACUUUGAGCAAAGACAUGUGACUGAAGCGACAGAAGCACUCAUACGAUUGAAUGCAUACUUUGAGAAGUCCCGGCAUUGGGGACAGGUGUGGCUGAGUGCUACCGUCAAGAAGCGUUGGCGAGAGCUAUGGCUUGCGGAAGAUAUUGAGAAUACCUACCCAGUAUCGAAGUGGCUUGAUGCGGAGCUACCGUCGUUGGACCACCUCGAUGGCGCUCUGGAUAGAUGGCAUCGAUAUCUGUUCAUCUUUUCUGUACCGAUUCCAGAGAAGGUACCAGAUGUCUUCCAAGCAUCGCACCACUUCGCCGGCGCUUCCUACGGCAUCCUGUGGAAAAUGCUCCGGGGCAGUAGCCUGCACAUCUGGGACCAUGGUAUAAGCUGGCGUGAGGUCACGGUCACGCUCUCCUCCGCCAUGUCGUGGGAUGCACCUUUCGUGUCCUCUUCGUUACUAUCACUGUCCCGCAUGACGUCGAUAUUGACAUUAUACCAUGCCGACAUCCUCCUACCAUGCGCCGACUUCUUCAACCCGGACUGGGAGACGGAGCACGGGACUCAAGGCGGUACUUUACAGCAUCGUCGCCUCUUUGCUCGCAAGAUCGAUCCCAUCGUGAAUGGUAUCACCGGCAUGGAACAGUUCGAGCCCGUCAAGAAGAUCAAGACGGAUCGACCGACUGUAGUGAUGUUGUCCCAUGUGCGCUUCAUCAAGGACAUUAAAAACGCCAUCUUAGCCGCAGACAUCAUCGUCAACGACUGGGGCAUCAAGGACUAUCAGUUGGACAUCUACGGCGACCUAGAGAAGACGCCCUCAUACUCCGCCGAGUGCAAGGAGAUUCUGGCGUCGAAAGGGUUGAGGGACAAUGUCGCUCUGCGAGGUCUAGGCAAGCCCUCCAAAGUCCUAGAAAACGCCUGGCUCUUCCUCAAUUCCUCCGUCUCGGAAGGCCUCCCCCUAGCCAUGGGCGAAGCAGCCCUAACCGGCGUCCCAAUCGUCUGCACAGACGUGGGCGCCAGCUUCCGCGUCGUCACCGACCCGGUGACCUGGAAGAAAUUCAGCGCCGUCGUCGCACCCAACGACUCCCACGCUCUAGCCCAAGCACAAAUCGAAGUCCUCGCGCUCCUAGGCGAAUGGGCGGAAUACGCCGACGACGAAUCCGGUGAUCUCAGCGAGCCGCUGCCGAAACUCGGUAUGGAUCGUCCCUCCGCACGAGAUGUUGUGCGGAUUACGAAGAGGAUGUAUGAGAAGACUGAGCAGCGACGGGCGCUGGGGAUGAUUGGGAGGAAGAAUGUGCUGGAGAGUUUCUCCUCGGAGCGCUAUCUGAGGGAGCAUGAACAGAUGCUCUGGAUUGGGAAGUUGCGGAAUCCGAAGAAUGCUCCACGGGGAAAGAGUCAGCGGUCGAGUUUGUCGGGGGGGAAGGAAGGGGGGGAGUGGGGGUUUGAGGGGUUGGGGACGGGGGGUUUCAAUGAUAGUACGCACUCUGUUGCGUCGAGAUUGCUGAGUCAGGCCUAA